UUGCAGGAAACAAAGUCUAUUUUUAGAUGAUCUUCUUCUGCUUAGUUUCCAUUUCCUUUUCCGCUGUUGCUCUUAAAAAUGGCUCGUGUGAGAACCAAGACUGUGAAGAAAGCAGCCCGUGUAAUAAUUGAAAAAUAUUACACUCGUCUUACUGCAGAUUUUCAUACAAACAAACGUGUUUGUGAAGAAAUUGCCAUUAUUCCUAGCAAGAAGUUAAGGAACAAGAUUGCAGGGUUUGUUACACAUUUGAUGAAAAGAAUCCAAAAGGGACCAGUUAGGAAUAUAUCCAUCAAGCUUCAAGAAGAAGAGCGUGAAAGACGUGAUAACUAUGUUCCAGAGGUCUCUGCUCUUGAAAUGGAUAUCAUUGAAAUAGAUCCUGACACCAAGGAGAUGUUGAAGGCUCUGGACUUUGCCAACCUGCCACAUCUUCAAGUGACACAGCCAACUCCUACUUUUGUUGGAAGAGCCCCACCUGCUGGUCUUAGAACAUAAGCAUUUUUAUUUGCUCUAAAUUAAAAUGUAAAACCUUA